UAUAGAUGUAAGCCGAAGAAGGUUGUUCAUUUACAUGAUGGCUCAACUCGAUGCGUUUCUUUUUAGGCGGAAAUGGUUGUGUGAUUUCUGAAAAUUUUGGUCGAGGAAACAUGGCGGGCGUGAAGUCAGAUUCCACAGAUAAAUGGAGAUUUGUGAUCUUCAUCAGCAAGUUUGGGUUUCACCUGAUAGUGGGAUCCAUCAGCAAAGCAUUUGGAGUUCUUCUGAAUGAGAUGAUUCUGCUCUUUGACACAAAUGUGGCCGUACUUGGUUUACUCUGCAGUAUACCUAUCUCUCUCAUGCUGAUAGCUUGUCCUGUUAUUGCUCCUAUUCUUUCGGACCACGGAGGAAGCCCACGCCUCAUUUCACUUCUUGGAAUAUCUUGCGGUUUCUGCGCCCUCAUACUGAGCAGUCUAACAAGCUCGUGUGUUCUGUUUGGAAUAUACCUGACCGUCCUUGGUAUCGGUUUAGCGAUGGGCUACAUGGCGAGCUAUGUGAUGUUGGACGAGUACUUUCCAAUGAGUUUCAUCCUGUUGAAUACUGUGACGGAGGUUGGUAGUUCCGUAGGAGUUCUCUUUAUUCCCUUCCUCUUGGAUCAAUGCAGACAAGCGUACGGGUACAGUGGGGCUAUGCUAAUCUUCAGUGCCAUCUUCUCACAUCUUUUAGCCGGAAGUGCCACUUUUAGGCAACCUCCAUCUAAGGAUAAGUGCAAGGUGCCCAAUGAGUUCGAAUACCGGAAGGAGUCUGGAAGCCGAUGGAAUGGCCGUGAAGGUGCAAUAAUGGUUUCACGAUCAAACUCGGUUCAAAUGGAAAGGAGUGAGUUCAUUGAAGGACACGGAGACUCCGAAGGAGGUAAAAGAAGUGGAGACCCACAGGAAAUCGUUAAAUCUAACCCUAAUGCAAACGAACCUUGUUGCUCGGACGGUGGCAAGACCACGCAGUUCAAUUUAGAAAAACAGCUAUAUGAAGCAAGAAACAUACCAGAAAAAUGCCUUGAUGGAAAGGAUUUAAUGCAGGAGGAACUACUAGAUCACACAAGGUCUUCAGAAUCAUAUGCAGGGUAUUCUGCAAAUGAUGACAUGGAUGAAAAUUUCCAACUUUUUAGUCAUCAAACUGAACUGUCUGCCAGAGACAAAACUGUUUUAGACAAAGGAGAAGGAGAAUUUAGCAAAUGCACUUCUAUCAAAAGAUUCUUCGUAAACUCUAUAUUCGUACAGGAACCAUUGUUUACUCUGCUUUUGCCGCUGCAUUGUAUCAACCAUGUCUGUGCGUAUUCCUGGAUGCUCUAUCUUGUGCCACACGCCGAGUGGCUAGGAAUCGGUAGCUCAGAGGCAGCUCUUCUGUCCUCAGUCGGAGGGGCCGGUGCUUUACUUGGUCGGAUGUCCCUGGCGAUAUUAAUUUACUUCGGUCUUGAUCUCUUUGUCAUCUGCUUCAUCAGUAGCCUUGUGGCUGCGGCAACGUUCUUGAUAGAUCCCUGGUGCACUUCCUACAGCUUGUUAUGUGUAACUGCUUUUGUGCAAGGUUGUACCAUGUUCAUCAACUCCACUGGUCGGGCUUCCAUGUGCAAGUUGACGACUUCUUCACACACCUUCGUUCGUGGUUGUGGGUAUGCCGCCCUGUCAUCUGGUAUAGGAGGCAUCGCAGGUUGUUUUUUGGCAGGUGCUAUCUACAAUGCAACAGACUCCUUCCAUGUAGUUUUUCUGUUUCUGGGAUGCGCUCAAGUACUCUUGGUUCUCAACAUCGCAAUUUAUCUCCUUAUCAUUCAUUUUAAAGGAAAUGGACAUACCGUAGUUUAAAGAUUACGUUUUACAAUGAGGCAAUUGGUGCUUUAUACUUCAAUUCUAUUCAAUUCAAUUUUUUCACAACUCUUAAAACUAACUAACAACAUUUCGAAAUAAUAUACAAAACAAUAAACAGAAAAUACAUGAAAACAAAGCAUGGCAAAACUAUUAUGAGGCGGAUGAAACGGGCAGACAGGAGGCCAGUCGCAUACAUUCAUAAUUCCGACGCUUCGUUAUUCCGAAGGUUCGUAAUUUCAAAGAUUCGUAAGUCCGAAAUCGAAA